CGGUGUGGUUUUCCAGAAGAUUAGAAUCACGGGUCAUUUUGAUCAAUCUGCUCAACCUCUGUCGCAGGAUCCCAGCCAAUUUUGUACACCUGCCUUUCACCAUGAUUGCCGUUGGUAUUGAGGGCUCAGCCAACAAAAUCGGGGUGGGCAUUAUCUUCCACCCGGAGGAUGGCAGCACCCCGCAGGUGCUUGCCAAUGUUCGGCACACCUAUGUUACCCCUCCCGGCGAGGGCUUUCUCCCCAAGGACACCGCCCGCCACCAUCGCGCCUGGGUGGUGAAACUGGUCAAGCAAGCAUUGCAAGAUGCGCGCAUCACCGUCAAGGAUGUCGACUGCAUCUGUUACACCAAGGGUCCCGGCAUGGGCGCCCCCCUACAGAGUUGCGCCAUUGCCGCGCGCAUGUUAAGUCUCCUCUGGGGCAAGGAGCUUGUGGGCGUGAACCACUGUGUUGGACAUAUCGAAAUGGGCCGCGCCAUCACUGGCGCCCAGAACCCCGUCGUCCUCUACGUCUCCGGCGGCAACACGCAAGUGAUCGCAUACAGCUCCCAGCGCUACCGGAUCUUCGGCGAGACCCUUGAUAUCGCCGUCGGAAACUGUCUGGAUCGCUUCGCGCGCACGUUACACAUCUCCAAUGACCCCGCGCCGGGCUAUAACAUUGAACAGUUAGCGAAGAAGGGCAAGCGACUCAUGGACCUGCCCUACACCGUGAAGGGGAUGGACAUUUCCAUGUCCGGAGUUCUGGCGGCGAUCGAUGCGCUGGCCGUGCAGUACGGGCUCAACGGGGAGUGGAACGAGAAGGAAGAGAGCACGGGCCCUGCCCUGGAGGCAGCCGACGGUGGGAAACCGACUCGUGCCGAUCUGUGUUUCUCGCUGCAGGAAACCGUCUAUUCCAUGCUGGUGGAGAUCACGGAGCGUGCUAUGGCGCAUGUGGGAUCGAAGGAAGUCCUGAUAGUUGGCGGUGUCGGAUGCAAUGAGCGACUGCAGGAGAUGAUGGGCAUUAUGGCUCGGGACCGUGGGGGCACGGUGCAUGCCACGGAUGAGAGAUACUGCAUCGACAACGGCAUUAUGAUCGCCCAGGCCGGUCUGAUGGCUUACAAGACUGGGUUCCGGACGCCACUCAAAGACGCUACUUGCACGCAACGGUUCCGUACCGACGAGGUGUUGGUGAAAUGGAGGGACUGAACUAUGCGCUGUGUACCCGCAAGAGUAAUGAUUCUUAUGAUACAAAAUAAUAGAG